AUGAACUUUCCCACUUCAUCCGCCAACGACUUCGCAUUCACUCUCAACGCACGCCCCGACGCCCAGUUACAGCAGCAGCAGAAUCACCACCCCCAGCAACAGGCUCACUUUUCGUCCCGCCAUUUGCAGCAACAACAGCAACAACUGCUGCAGCUUCACCAACAGCAGCAUCCCCUGCCGCCGCCGCCAUCCCCUCCACCCGCGUCAUCUGCCACCGCGCAAUCCUUCACCGCCGCCCAGCAAGCCUUCGCGCACGCGCAGUACCAACAAUUAGCCCUCAUGAACGGUAUGAAUGGCGGCAACGUGCCUAACGGCAUGGGCGGCAUGCCCACCCCGGCAGGCCAGCAGGCUGAGCUCAACUACAUCUAUGGCAUGGUCGAGGAGCUCAGCCGGCAGCUCGCGGAGAACCGCCGAGUCACUGAGGAUAUUGUGUCUGGUCUCGGAAGAGUACGCAGCCGUGCGAGGACGCAAGGAAUGAGCAACGAGGACCUUAUUCACAACGCCGCCGAUGACAUCCGCGCCCAAGAACGGAACCUCGACAACUUCAUCUCCAUUCUCUCCGAGUCCCUCGAAAAGGCGAAGUACAGCCGCGACGCCAACGCGACCCUCCUAACCCAAUACGCGACCGUACUCGCCGCGAUGCUGAAGCAAUUCCACGAGUACAAGGCAAAGCACGUCACGGAUGUCGCCGCAUGGCAUCGUUCCUACCGGUCCCAGCUUGCCGAAGCACGCGCCGAGAACAGCAGACUCCGAGAACAGAUUUGGGAGAUGCAGGAGCGCGCCGGAAAAGCCAACGAAGCGCUGCGUAAGUUCCGUCGCAAGUACGACGAGAACGAAGCCAGAUGGGACCGACGCGUUGAGGAGGUGGCUGCGCGCCAGGAGCUGCGUUUCUGGAAGCGGAUGGCCAUGCCUGAGGUUAGCGACGACGACCCCUGCUGGAGCGACGAUGACGACCUCAUCGACUCGGCGGAGAAGGAGCGGCUCAAGGAGCUGGAGAAGAGGGUUGCACAGGAACAACUUGCUGGGAGCCAGCAGAUGGGUGAAGAGUACUCGCGUCCCCAGUCACCAGAAUCUAGCAUGAUGGGCGGCGUUCCCAUGCAGAGAGACCUUGGCAUCCCCAUGCCGAUGCCUGUACCUCCGCCACGUCCUUCGAGCGCGACGUCCAGUACUGGAUCUUCUGGCCAAUGA